CAGGUGCUAAACAUGACUAUACUUCGCCAAACUGAAAUAAAAUUUGGAGGUCAUCCUCUAAGUUCAGCAGAAUCAGAUCAGUUCAUUAACAGAGGAACGAGUAGUGUGCGAAACAGUAAAAAUCAAGAUGUUUGUCAUAUUGCCUUUGGAUCCAAAGUUCUUGGGCCACCACCUCUCUCUGGCAGAAGGAAUAACAUGAGGAUAUCCAGCGAGACAAUAAGACCUGUUGGGUCCAAAAAUAACCGAUCAUGCCAGCAAUCCACCAUAGAAAAGUGUGUUAACAGUACAGAAAUGUCAGCCUUGCUGAUAGCUGAGUCUGAGGGGCAAGGAGAUAAGGAAAAUAUUUGCCAAAUGAAGCAGGCAGUACCUAUUCAUGCCAAUCUACAUAUUAUGCAUCCGCAUCCCCCUCAAGAACUAUCAGCAGAUAAGAAUAAUAACAGAAGAAGAUUACGGUUAAAAAGCACCAGCAGAGAAAGGACAGAGACACCCAGCGGUUGCUCUUUAGGAAAUAACAGGAAUGAAGAUAAAGCAACAACUGUCCUCACCACUGUGUCCCAACAAGAAGCAAAGACAUUUAACCCUAGCACUCCAGGUCUUCCGUCUCCUGAUCAAGCAGAUGAGUGGAUAUUUCCUGGAAAUGAUUAUCACGUUCCCCGUCUGGCAUCCAGGAGACAAUCCCUACUUCUGGAUGAUGACUCCAGCAACACUUCACACCUGUUGCUAGAAGCCAGCAAGGAAAGUGAAUAUGACCAACAGGCAGAAGAAACACAGAUUGUUCCAAAGGAUAUUUUCACUUUUUCAUCAAGACCACGAUCAGCACCUCAUGGAAAAACUCAGAAUAUGUCCCCAGAGGGGCUCCUAUUCCUUUUGGAUCUAAAAGAGGAUAACAGUGUGACAAGGAGAGACACUCAAUUGGAGGAUGAUUUUUAUAGCAGUGACAGCAGCGAAGAGGGUAACCACAGUAUCCAGGAUUCACCAGGCCCAACAACUAGUCCUUCAGGGUUAACUCAGUUAACAUUAGAGAGCAUGCCGGGGAACGCUGUAAGGCCAACAAGUAAAGGAUAUCUAAAAAGUGCCUACACAGAAGCAGGAGCCGCAGAAAGCCAGAGUUCCUUGGUGAAGCAAAUAGAUAGAAACAACUUUCAAACAAAUUGGUUGCCUACAGCAUGUCUUUCUCCCCCUGGACGAAGGUGUGGAUCCACUCAGAAAACUCCAGAGCCCCUAAUCAAAGCGAAGGACUUACCAGCCUAUCAAGUGCCAGCUUCACUAAACAAAACCUCCCUUAAAAAAAUCUCAGGGGACAAGUUGAGACCAAUCCCUGAAGUAUCUGAAUAUGACUGGAGAAACUAUCAACCCAGCCAGAUGAGUGAAUCUGAGUUGCAGAUGCUGGCAAGCCUACAACGGCAACAGAAUGAAGAACUGGAGGAUGCUGGGGCUUCCCAUGGCCUGAGCGCAUCCCAGGUUGACAACUGUAAUGUCAGCAUAAGUACCAGCAGUGAUGACACGACCACCUGGAACUCCUGCCUGCCACCUCCUGUUAACCAGGGUCGUCACUAUCAGAAAGAAAUGCAUCCACCUUCUCCUUCUAAUCCCCGGGACUGGUUAAACAUGUUGAGCCCACCAAUUGUUCCUCCCAGUCAGCAGCCAGCUGAGCAACAUCCGGAUUCCUCUGGAAGUCUGAGUGUUCAAGGUGGGAAUAUGAAAAAUGCUAUGCAUAAGAAAAUAAAAAAUAAUUUACUAUAAA